AUGACGUGGAUCUUGCGAAUAGCUCUUUUGGAAGCAACGGUUUGCCUUGCACUCGCUGUUGACCGCGUCCCAGCGAUUUCAGUGGCACCGGAGCUGUUGCUCUACGGCAAGGCUUGGGUUGUGGAGAACAUCGGUGCCAUUUUGGCCAUCCCCUUCUGCUUGAACCCAAUGGCAGAAGAAGGAAAGGACACAUCGUCCUGGUACAAGGUUCCCACGUGGUCAGGUGAUCCUUCAGAAUGGAGGGCAUUCAAGCGAGAGAUGAGCUGGUGGAUCGCCUCACUUGAUCCAAUCAGCAGUGGCAAAUACAACGUAGCAGCUCGUUGGGCCCUGAGGCAGUCGGGUGUCGUUAGAGCAAGAUGUGAAGAAUAUGAUCCGGCUGACCUUGCAGGUACACCGGCCGUGGAAGGAACCGACCCAGAAUCAGGUGAAAAGGUUGUUCUACAAGCAGCUGACCCUUUCAGCGGCCUUCAGAAGCUUCUCCGAUCUCUGGAAGACAGUAUGGGGAAGACAGCACUGGACAGAAAGGGCGAGCUGCGGAAGCAAUUCUAUCAGAGCAUUCGCCGGUCACCAGGCGAAAGGAUUGCGACGUUUUGUACACGCUACAGAACCUUGACAGGUGAGAUGAAAAGAGAAGGAAUUGUUUUGCCCAGCGAAGAGCUGGGAUGGUUCCUGAAGGACCGUUUGGGUCUUGAUGCCUUGCGUGUGCAGCUACUUGAGACAGCACUUGCAGGUCGCGAAGAAUAUGACCAAGUUGAAACCGAGGUUUUACGGCUCUUCAGAGAUUUGCAUGUUGCUGAUCCUUUGAUGAAAACAAAGCCAUUCAACAACCAUGGUGAUCAGCGGCAGACUCCCUUGCAGCGUUUCUUGAGUCAGCCCCAGCAAGGAGCUCGACAAGGCGCACCUUCCAGCAGCACUUCAUCGCUCAAGUCUUUCAAAACCUCCAGCAGUUACAGGUUCAAACCGAGUUCCAAUGCAAGCAGCGGCAGAUCUGCUUACGUUGUGGAAGACGCCGAUGAAGGCGAUGAGGAAGAAUGUGAUGAAGAGCUGGUGCCAGAUGAUUCUGGCAAUGGUGUUCCCAGCCUAGAAGAAGUGUUGCAAACGGAGGCUGAAGUCCUUGCAGCUGAAAUCCAGGAGCUUGAAGAGUCAGGUGAGGCCCGUUCCAAAAUCAACGAGAUCAAAAAAGAUCGUGGAUACCACCGCAACUCCUCAAACUCCAAAGUGAAGUUGAAUGGGAACCAGGUUGAAAAGAAGAAAGGAAGAACGCAGUGUUGGGACUGCGGCGAAUAUGGCCACUGGGGAGGAGACAGUCAGUGUCCAAAGCCUGGAGCCGGACUUUUCAAACCCAAAGGCGCAGGCAAGAAAUCUUCCCAGAGCAGCAGUGGUGGUGGCAAGCAAGUAAAGGUCGUUGAAACUUUGAACACCGAGCAUGUGUUUGACGAGAACGAGAGCGGCCAGCAUGAAGUUUUGAUGGUGAAUGUUGGAAGCCUCCCGUUUUCAGAGGCCUUGGCAUCCUCAAAGCAGGAGAAGACUGGCGCGCCUGGACUUGCGCGUGACAAAGUCCUUGUGGGAGCGCUCGAUUCAGCCUGCAGUCGCACAUGUGCAGGUGAUACAUGGUUGAAACACUACUUGCACACUUUGAAGAUGGCACCGCAACCAAUCCAAGAUUUGGUCAUCACUGCCCAGGAAGAAGAAUUGUUCCGAUUUGGGAACGGCGGAACGCAGAGGAGUUCCGUGAGGUACCGUUUGCCUAUGAUGGUUGGUGGCAAUUUGGUAGCUGUUUGGGUGAGUGUCGUCAAGGUCCCCAGUUUAGGUCUUUUACUUGGUCGUGAUUUUUUGGAUGGAAUUGGUGCAGUUGUGAGCUUCACCAAGCAGAAGCUGAGACCUGACUUCCUUGAUGGCAAGCUGAUUGACUUAGCCCAAGUCUCGGCAGGACACUUCGCGCUCCGAUUGGUCCCUUCAAGCUGGCCCAGGACCCCGACAACAUCUUCUUCGACCAGUGAUGCCCGUGGACGUUUCAAAGCUGACAGCAAGGUGGCGAAGAUGGACAUGAUGGAGCGAAAGCUCAUCGUUGCAAAACAUGGCAAGAAGGUGCUGGACCAAAACUUGUGUACGGCAAAGAAUCUCCAAGAUUGCCGGACUCUCACCAGCCGAUUGGGCUGGGAAGUUGCGUUCAUGGAGGAUCCCUUGCUGGAUGGCCUGCUGGCAGCCAAGUCAGCCAAAGGCCAAGCGGCCAGAAUCCGAAGAGCAGUGAUCGAGGAUGCGAAAGCCGAGCUGGCCGAGCUGAAGUCAAAAGCACAGCGAGAAGACGCUGCGCGGCAGUUGAUAGGGCCGAAAGGCGGUUUGCCGACCUUGAAAGCCGAUCUGUUGCGCCUUGCAACUCUCCUGAAGGUGGAUGUGGACGACUCCAUGAAGGUGGAACAGAUCAAGCAGGCGCUCAAACCAGUGGUGGAGCUGCUCAAAGGUCCACCAACGGCAGCCAAGAGCAAAGCAGCUGCCGACUCUGCGGGUCAGCGCCGAGGAGCCAGGCCCAAAGCCUUGCAGCAUGGCCCAAGAAGCUCUUCAGCCGAGCCAGAGCCGGCACUUCCAGUUCCAGGUCCAAUCAAUGCAAUGCCAUCGACUUCAAGCCAGGGAUUGACCCAGCACGACAUCGAAGAACUGUUUCUGCGCCAAGAUCAAAGAGUGCAGACUAUGCUAUCCCAGGCAAUGCAGCAGAUGAUGGCGACCAUGCAGCCGCUCCAUUCCCAAGACGUUGCAGCAGCCUAUGUUCAGGCAAGUCCUCAGAACUAUCAACUGACGGAUGCGGAGAUGGAAGAGAUCAAUGGGCUGCACCAAGCAGAGCUUCAGGAAGAACGUCUUUGGAACGAGCAUGGCGAAGAGUUGGCCUGGAUGACAAUGCAAGAGAUGGAAGAUCUUCAGAAGCAAGCCAGGGACGAUGGAUUUCGAACCCCUGGGGAUGAGGCAGAUUCUGAGUGGCGUUUCGAUGCAGAUCGCAUCAAAAAGGGGCAGGCACUUUUGAUUUCACAAGCUUGGCAGAAACAUGAUCGAGCCAGGCGACUCAUUUCCAAGGGCGACAUUCAUGCGGUCAUGGAGGUGGACUGGAAGAGAGAAAUGGAAUCCUACAUGAAUGAGACCUUUGUGACGUCGUUGGAAUUGACGCCCAAGCCCCAUGAUGGUGUUUUCGUUUCAGAAGUUUUCACCACUGUGCAAAGAGUGAUCAAGCAAGCUUCAGCCAAAGGGCAUUCAGUUGGUUCUGCUUUGUCUUUAGAGACAGGUUGGGAUUUUCGGCGAUUGGCUGAUCGAAAAGCUGGACGUUUGGUGGUGGAGAAGGAAAAACCCUACCUGCUGGUGUUGGCGUUUCCUUGUGGCCCAUGGUCAGCACUCAUGCGACUCAACCCUGCGCAUGACUUAGAUGCCAGACGUGCUGAAGGCAUCAAGCUGAUCAAGUACGCCAUUGAACUGGCUGAGCUUCAGCUAUCCCAAGGAAGACACUUCCUGCUGGAGAACCCCCUCACUGCAGAAUCCUGGUCUUUGCCCCAGCUGAAGAAACUUUUGCAACGUUUGGAAUGCCAUCAAGCUGUUUUUGAUCAAUGUCGUUUUCAGCUCCGUGGUCCAUCUGGUUUGCUUCACAAGAAACCUACAAAGAUUGCAACGAGCUCUGAAGCAAUCGCCCGGAGGUUGGAUGGAAGACGAUGUUUGCGAGAUCAUGAACAUGAGCAUGUUUUGGGCGGUGGAAAGAUUACAUCAGCUGCUGGCCUCUAUACCAAGGAGUUGGCGAAUGAAAUCAUUCUUGGUUUGGAGGAGGAAUUUGAACAGUCUCAACGUCGAGCACCUCAUGAGACCAUGGCCGUGGAGGAGGGUGACAUUGAAGAUGAUUUGGAUCGCGAGAUUGAUCCACCUAUGGAGAUGCGAGAUUUGGAAAGCAGCGAUGAUGAGGUGAAAAUUGCACCACCCAACAUGAAGAUUCCGGCCAGUGUGAAAGAGGCAGUGCGCAAGCUUCACAACAACACUGGGCACAGGUCCAACAAACGCCUGGCCAGGGCGUUAGCAAUUGCAGGUGCUCCUUCGACAGCAAUCAUUGCCGCCAAAACUUUGCAAUGUGCUGUAUGCCAAGAACGAAGAGCGCCAAAAGCAAGGAGACCAGCUACCUUGCCUACACCUAAAGAUUGUGGAGACCAAGUUCACAUUGAUAUCUUUGAGGUGGAGGACCUGACCGAAACACGUUUCUAUGCUGUGCACAUCAUUGAUGCUGUGAGCCGUUUUCAGAUGGGUGAAAUUCUCGCCGACAAAUCUGCAGACUCAGUGGUGCAGUUUGUGAAACGGCGGUGGAUGCCGAUUUUUGGCCCCCCUCGAGUCCUAGUCGCAGACCAAGGAAGAGAAUUCGUCUCUUGGAAAUUCGAGGAGAUGGCGGCACAGCACAGCACUUUGUUGUGGCAUACAGCAGUUCAAAGCCCGUGGCAGAAUGGAAUCUGUGAGAAGGGCGGCGGAAUUUUAAAAGCAAUUGUGGCAGCAGUUGUGAAAAGCCAGUCUGUGGUUGGACGUGAGGAGAUGGAGACGGCCCUUCAAGAAGCCAUCACGGCUUAUAAUGCAGACAUCAACGAGGCCGGAGUUUCUCCUGCCCAAGCUGCUCUUGGACGACAACCAAAGAUGACAGGUGACGUUUUGGGAGACUUUGGACAGCGGUUAGCUGAACAUGGUUUGGUUGAAUGCCGGCCGACAAUUGCCCGGCAGGUCGCAAUGCGGGAGGUGGCAAAACUUGCAAUGCUACGUCUUCAUUUUUCACGUGGCCUUCGCCGAGCAGAGCUUGCACGUUCCAGAACCUCCACAGUCACCCAAGAGCUUGAGCCUGGCAUGAUAGUUUACUACUAUCGCAUGUCCAAGUACAACGCCAAGACUGGACCUUCCAAGAAGAAGCUUUCUUUGAAGCGGUGGCAUGGCCCUGGUUUGCUUGUGGCCUUGGAGGGGCAUGCAAAUUGCUUUAUCUCCCACAAGGGGCAGUUGGUCAAGACUGCGCUGGAGCAUGUGAGACGUGCCUCUACGAUGGAGCAGAUCACCGCCGAUGAAUGGGAGCUUGCUGUCCAAGAUGUGGUUGAAGCGGCUAUGAGAGACAAUAUCCAACCCCUUGAAGUUGAGCCUGAAGUGUCGGAGCCUGCAGCACCAGCACAACAACCACAACCUGAACAAGCUGAUCUUCCUCAAGUGCCAGUACAACCUCAAGAGCUUGCCGCAGCAAUGCAAUCAAUGGCUGCGAGUGCUCCUCCUUCAGUAAGUGCACCACCAUCAAGGAGAUCCAGUUUGUUGAGCAAUUCAUUGCGUGGCCGUGGUGGUUUGGUGAGCCAACCUCAAACACCUCUCCCACCUGUACCUGCGUCUCCCAGACCGGGUAGUGGCAGAAGUUCGCGCAUUGAAAGUGCAGUUGGACGGCUGAUGGAAGAUAGUGAGCGCAAACGAGCGCCCGAAGUUGCAACAGAGAUUCUGCAAGAUGCUGAGCGUGAAUCACGCGCGACUGGUUCUGCUGACCUUCCUGUUUCUUCACAGCCUGGUGAAACAGUUGAACAUGCCUCCAUGUCAGUGGAACAGGUGAUGUCCGGCAGCCGACAUCCGCUGAGCAUCAUUGCCGACCUUGCCAAGCAAGAUCAACAAGAUCCUUUGGAGCAUGCGGUUGAAGACCAUGGUUCUUGGGACGGCAGAUGGCCGACACCUUCACGAACUGACUGGGAGACUCAUGAGCGCUACGGUUUGUCGUGGCCUUGCAGUCGUCCAGAAGUUUACGCAGUUCAAACUGCACGCAAGGAAUACAAAUGGAAGGAGAUGCAAACCGAGGACAAGCCGCACUUCAAGGAAGCUGCAAAAGUUGGUUGGCAGGCAUGGGUUGACAAUGGGGCGGUUGAGCUUUUGAACGCCCGUGAUGCCCAAGCAGUCCGCGCAAGACUCAAAGCUCGUGGGGAACAAUGCAAGAUCCUCAUUCCAAGGUAUGUCUACACGGACAAGCAUGAUGGAAUCAGGACAUCCUCCAGACCAUUACCUCUGAAAGCCAAUGCCCGUUUGGUUGUGCCUGGAUUCCGAGAUGUAACUGCUUACACUGUCCGUAAGGACGCUCCAACAUGCUCAAGGGUAAGUUUUCACUAUCUCUUGGUCUUCAGCAGUUCAAAGCGCUGGCGACUGGUGAGUGCAGAUGUGAAAGCAGCCUUCCUGAAAGGCGAGGAGUUCAGCCCUGGUGAACGUGACCUUUACAUUGGCCAAAUCAGAACUGGCGAUGCAGAUGAGCCUUGCCUACCUCUUGGAGAAGGACAACUUGCCCGCCUGAAGAAAGGCAUUUUUGGGUUGGCAGACAGCCCCCGGCGCUGGUAUUUGCGCCUCCACAAGUCUUUGACUCGACUUGGAUGGCAGCGCUCAAUCAUUGACAGCGCGAUGUGGCUUCUUUGGAGCGACAGUGGCGAGUUGGAAGGGCUGGUCAUCAGUCAUGUUGAUGAUUUGCUGAUGGGCGGCAACGCCCGUGCCAGAAAGCUGUUGGAUGAGCUUGGACGAGAGCUUGGGUUUGGCAGUUUGGAAAGCGGCAGUUUUGUAUACUGCGGCAAACGCAUCACGCAGGACGAGGAGGACUUUUCCAUCACUGUGGACAUGACUGAGUAUCACGAGAAUCUCAAACCGGUCCCAGUUCCUCUUCACCGCAAGCGUGAGCCUGAGUCACCAUUGACACCUGGCGAGCAGAAGCAGCUGCGAGCGAUCCUUGGAAGUUUGCAAUGGUUGGUAUCUCAAGUGAGAGUUGAUUUGGGGUUCCAGCUAUCUACGCUUCAAGGAGACCGUCAAGUGGUCGGCACUCUCUUGCGAGCGAAUGCCUUGGUGAGACAGGCGAAGCAAAACUCUUCAUUUGCAUUGCGCUACUUGCCCAUGGACUUGAAGUCUUGUGGUUUGCUGGUUGUGACUGAUGCGUCACUUGGCAAUGUGUGCAAGAAUGGCAGUGCAGACGGCAGCGUUUCUGACCGAGUCUACAGCCAGGCAACCUACUUCAUCAUGGUCGCAGACAAGAAUUUGAUGAGUGGAAAGCCAGGUCGUUUCAACUUGGUGGAUGCGCGAAGCCACCGACUGGGAAGGGUUUGCCGCUCUACUUUUGGAGCGGAAUUGCUGAGCUCUGAAGAGGGCCUUGAUGCAGGGCAAUACGGCCGUGGAGUUUUUGCAGAGCUGAUGGGAUAUCCCAUGGAACAUCGUUCUGCUGAGCUCAGUGCUGAGCAAAUUCCAUUGCAGCUGGUGACGGAUGCCAAGGACAACUUUGACAAGUGCAAUAGCGACACGCCGACUUACGGCAGUCAGAAAUCAUUGGCAUUCACCAUUGCUUGGUUGCGCAGUGCCCUCAGAAAGGAGAACACCACCAUGUCAUGGACGAGCACACAAAACAUGUUUGCUGAUGGCGGGACGAAGCUGAUGAAGCUGGAGCACAUGAGCAAGAUCCUGCAGUCCAAUGAGUGGAGCGUUACGUUUUCACCCAAUUUUGUGAAACAAUUGGUCAAGAAACCGACCAAAGCAGCCGAAAGGGAUUGUAGCAAAGCCUUGAUAGGUAGUCCAGUUGGUAGCGCAGACCCAAUGCACGGACAUUUGCUGCUAUGGCAUUCGGCAGCAGAAAAUUUGGGUUGCUACCACUAUGGCUUUGCUUUUACGAACCCUUUGACAAACGUUUCGGGGAAUCCCUUCCAAAAGCUCUCCGCCUAUGAGUGCCAGAUACAGUGCAAGAACACCGUUGGCUGCUCCAACUUUGGUUUCUAUCCUGUCAGCGGUUCCUGCUACGUGGGCCACGGCGGAAUCCUCUAUGCAGCCAAGGGGGCCGUUGCAGGUCCCAAGGAGUGUCCAGUGCUGAACAAGGCCUGCACGGAGCUGGCAGAUGCCAGUUUCCCAGGGGACACGCCGCCGCAAACCAUGCAGGCAUGGCCAGGGGGUGUGCAGCCCACGCCUUUGCAGUGCUGGCCAAGAAGAUCAGAUGGACUCCUCUCUCGUUGUCGGAACCAGACGGCCAUAGUCCUCGAAGACACUCAAGAUGGAUGGCCGGGACAGUGUGAUGGUUUGGUCAAGAUCACCGAUCUGAAGGGUGGCGAAACCUGCCAGACACGCUGCAUGUUGACCCCCUUGUGCUCGGUGUGGGCCAUCGAGUCCACCACAGAUCGCUAUGGGGCCACCACCUGCUGGCAUGGCAUGCUGGGAUACAACUGUUCCUACAAUCCAACCGGCAUGAGGCCAAUAAGGGCACAGAGACUUCAGCACGGAACUUAUAGGGUCCUGAUGAAUUCGGCGGGCGUGCAGCUGCUUGGCCUGCACAACAGCUUCCGUGGCACUGUCUUCAAAAACUGGGAGGAAGGUGCCAAGCACUGUAAGCUGGAGUGCAGGUCUUUCCUUUUGUGCCAGUUCUGGCAAUAUUCUAGAACCUAUGGCUGUUUCCUGGAGAUGCCACAGAGGAGCGAGGUUGGAUAUCCCUUGACCACCACUGGGCCCUUUGCAAGUGUGAACAAGAACAGCCAGGCUGCACAAGAUAUUUUGGCAGGCGAGAUGAUUCAGCACAACUGCAUUGGCGAAAUGUCGGCGAUUCCAACGGCGGCCCCUUCGGCGGAAGAGACACGCUUGGUGGUGCCAGGAAUUAGCCCCGGCACCCGAGCCCCCAAAGGAACUGGUUGGCCAUGGUGGGUCACCUUCUUAGUCCUUUCGGCGGUGUGUCUAUGCCUGGCCGUGGUCAGUGCGGCGAUCUGGAUGGGGCUGGAGGAGCGAAGGAAACGCGGCCUGCACCAAGGAACGCGACGGCCACUGUGGCCCAGCCACCAGGACCCCAAAGCACAUGGCUAUUCCCCAGCCGCACAACGGCAUGAGCAGUCUUCCAGCUUUAUGCAGAACAUCCACAUGCCCCAGAUGCCCUUUCAGUCUGGCUUCCACAUGCCAGGCUACCAAGAUACCCACGUUGGCUCUGGCAAUGGACGAGCCCCAAAUAUGCAUCCAGAAGCACAUGGACAAUCGCGUGGAGGUCGCUACUUCUAA